AUGGACGCCCCGAGCCCUCUCCCGGCCCUGAUCCGCAAGAAGCGGGACGGGGAGCGCCUGGAGGACGCCGAGAUCCGGAGCUUCGUGCGCGGCGUCACCGAGGGCACCGCGCAGCAGGGACAGAUCGGUGCCAUGCUGAUGGCCAUCCGGCUGCGGGGCAUGGACGCGGGUGAGACCCUGGCCCUGACCCGGGCCAUGGCCAGCUCUGGCCGGACGCUGGCCUGGCCGCCCGCCUGGCACGGGCUCCUGGUGGACAAGCACUCCACCGGCGGCGUUGGGGACAAGGUCAGCCUGGCCCUGGCCCCCGCGCUGGCCGCCUGCGGCUGCAAGGUGCCCAUGAUCAGCGGGCGCGGGCUGGGCCACACCGGGGGCACCCUGGACAAGCUGGAGGCCAUUCCCGGAUUCCGGGUCUCCCAGAGCCCCGAGGAGGUGACGGAUGGGGGAUGCAGCGCGGGUAUCCUGCGGGUGCUCCAUGGCGUGGGGCAGAGCGCGGAGCUGGUGCCCGCGGAUCGGUGUGCUGUACGGGGUGUCGGGGACGUCAGGGUACCGUGGACAGCCUGCGGUGUCACAUGGGGUGUACGGGCACGGGGACACGGGGACGCGCGGGGCGCGGGAGGGGCGCGGGCGGUGACCCCCCCGGCCGGCCCAGCCUCCAUCCUCAGCAAGAAGGCGGCGGAGCGGCUCUCGGCGCUGGUGCUCGAUGUGAAGUUCGGCGAGGCGGCGCUCUCCCCGCCCGCUGUCCCCGCGCGUGUCCCCGCGCAGGUGGAGGUGGGCGCCCACCUGGGCAUCCGCACGGCGGCCCUGCUGACCCGCAUGGAGCAGCCGCUGGGCCGCGCCGUGGGCAACGCGCUGGAGGUGCUGGAGGCGCUGCAGUGCCUGGAGGGGGGCGGCCCCCCCGACCUGCGGCACCUGGUCACGGCUCUGGGCGGGGUGCUGCUGUGGCACUGCGGGAUGGCCGCGGAUGCCGAGCAGGGCCGUGAGCGCCUGGCCCGGGCUCUGGACGAUGGCUCGGCCCUGGGCACGUUCGAGGCCAUGCUGGGGGCGCAGGGGGUGCCCCCCGACACCGCCCGGGGCCUCUGUGUCGGGACCCCCGCCCAGCGCCGCCAGCUCCUUGGCGAGGCCAAGGUGUGCGAGGAGCUGCCCGCGCCGCAGGAAGGCUGGGUGCAGCGGGUGCGGGCGCUGCCCCUGGCGCGGGUCCUGCACCGCCUGGGCGCGGGCCGGUCGCGGGCCGGGGACCCCGUGAACCCCCGCGUGGGCGCCGAGCUGCUGGUGGGCACCGGGCAGCACCUGCGGGCAGGCGAGCCCUGGCUGCGGGUGCACCAUGAGGGCACCCUCGGCGCGGAGGGCCGGCGCGAGCUGCAGGACGCGCUGUGCCUCGGCCCGGAGCCCCCCCGGGACCCGCCGCCGCUGGUGGCCGAGACCAUCGUGCCCUCGGGAGCGCUCCCCGGGCCAUGCCGGGACUCACAAUAA